AUGACUUCAACACUUGAUGAAAAUAUUGCCCUAGUUCUUCACAAAAUUGACGAUCUUCGUUUAGAACCUUUUCCAGUCAGUGAACCAAAGGAUGGAGAGGUAUUAAUUGAAAUGCAAAGUGUUGGCAUCUGUGGUAGUGAUGUACAUUAUUGGAAAUGGGGAGCUAUAGGGGAUUUUAUCGUUCGCGCUCCCAUGGUUCUUGGUCAUGAAAGUUCCGGCAAAGUUAUUAAAGUUGGACCAAAUGUCAAGAAUCUUAAAGAAGGUGAUCGUGUUACAAUUGAACCUGGUGUACCUUGUCGCCGAUGUGAUUUUUGUAAAACUGGUCGUUAUAAUCUUUGUCCUGAUGUUGUUUUUCUUGCAACACCACCUGUUCAUGGAAGCAUUGCACGUUAUCAUACUCAUGCUGCUGAUUUUUGUUUCAAAUUACCAGAUCAUGUUAGCUAUGAAGAAGGUGCAUUUUGUGAACCAUUAAGUGUUGGUGUACAUGCAUGUCGUCGAGCUGGUGUUACAAUUGGAUCAAAAGUAUUGAUUACUGGAGCUGGACCCAUCGGUCUUGUCAGUAUGCUGGCAGCCAAAGCAAUGGGUGCUGAUACAGUUAUUAUGACUGAUAUUAGUCAAUCUCGACUUGAUUUUGCAAAAAAGAUUGGAGCUAGUCAUGUUAUUCUUGCUGAUAAAGAUGCACAAAAAACAGCUCAAAUUGUUAUUGAAACACUUGGAUGUAUGCCAGAUAUUUCAAUUGAAUGUUCAGGUGCUGAAUCAUCCAUUCAAACAACAUUCUAUGGCACAAUAUCCGGUGGUGUUGUAGUUCUUGUCGGUCUUGGACGUCCACUAGCAUCAUUACCUAUUGUAAAUGCUGCUGUUCGUGAAAUUGAUAUUCGUGGUGUGUUUCGUUAUGCAAAUUGUUAUCCAGCUGCAUUAAGUUUAAUUGCAUCUGGUCGAAUUGAUGUUAAACCAUUGAUUACACAUCGAUUUAAAAUUAAUGAAUCUGUUCAAGCUUUUGAAAUGGCUGAAAGUGGACAAGCCAUUAAAGUAAUGAUCCAAUGUGGAAAUGAAGUUCAACAUUAG